AUGUGGACUACAGGGCGAGAGAUCGCGGCCGGUGAUGUUGCUAUAGCUUUCAUGACAAGGGAUCUCAUUCAACCAUUCGUUGUUGAGCCGGGCAAGGAUCUCAACAACAAGUUCGGUUAUUAUCGUCAUUCCGACCUCAUCGGUCUUCCUUGGGGGUCCAAAGUUGGCUCUCGCAACGGAAAAGGCUUCAUACACAUCCUUCGGCCGACCCCCGAACUUUGGACGCUUGGUCUGCCUCACCGCACUCAAAUUCUAUAUCUUGCCGACAUCUCGCUAAUCGUUUCAUGGCUCAACAUCCGGCCCGGUAGUACCGUGAUUGAAGCAGGUACCGGUUCAGGCUCGUUUACGCACUCGAUAGCGCGCACGGUGGGAUCUUCCGGUAAAAUAUACACGUACGAAUUCCACGAAGCUAGGGCAACCAAGGCACGAGAAGAAUUCGAGCGCCACGGGAUGUCGGAUGCUGUAACCCUCACUCACCGCAACGUUUGUAAAGAUGGGUUCACAGUUGAGAAUGUGGCCGAUGCGGUCUUUCUCGAUCUACCUGCACCCUGGGAUGCCAUUGAGCACGCAAAAAAGGCGCUUCGUGAUGAUCGCACCACCCGGAUAUGUUGCUUCAGUCCAUGUAUGGAACAGGUUCUGCGCACAGUGUCGUCCCUGAAUGAGGCCGGCUUCACUGACAUCACGAUGUACGAAACGUUAUUACGCCCACACGAAGUUAACGAAGUACCAGCCCUACCCUCGAUUGCCACUGCAACCGAGAAGCUCAAACAACAUGAACGGAAGCGCGAGGACAAGCGCAUGCGACAAAUCGCAGCGUCUCAGGCGAAGCUUGUUGAAAAGCAACAGAAGCGUAAACGGGGCGACAACGACGAUGGCGAAGGAAGCGUCGAAGACACGAACGAAUCUAAGCGACUGAAAACUGGUGGCGAUGAUGAAUCAGAGGUCGCGAUGGUAGUGGAAGGCGUUGACGUGACGUCUCGUCAUCAAGAGUCGUCAGUGCAGGUACAGGAGAAAGCGCCUGCCAAGCCCGCCGUUUCUGUCGAGACAGAUUCCAUUGAGGACGCGGGCCAGCAGCAGGUCGUGUCCAGGGUGGUCCCCGAGGUCCGCGGCCACACCUCUUACCUCACAUUCGCCAUUCUACUCCCUCGUGUGGUUACCGCAUCUUACGCUAGCGCGAACGAGGCUUCUAAGGAAGCGACGCCAGACUCAUGA